AUGGCUGGGAGACGGCUUCGUGAUGCAGUGAAGACAGUGCUAAGUGGUGACAAAAGCUUUGGUAGCAACACUCAUGUUGUUAUAGCAGGGUUGACCAAUGCUUAUUCACAGUAUGUGACCACAUACGAGGAGUUGAGGAUUAUCAAGGGAGAUAAUGCAGAUUUACAGGAUGCCAAAAACAGUUACCAUUAUAGAGAUGAUGUGCAAAGGUCUCCAAGGGCUUUUAUGUUAUCGAAUGAUUUCAAUAUGAAGAAUGAUUCACUUGCUCAGGACAAGCCUUUAAAGCAAAGGUUGGGUCAGGAGGGCCGAUUGAGAGAUGAUCGUGUUGAAUUAGCUGGUUUGGUAAUUGCACCAAAAUGUUGUACAUCCAUAGAUGCACAGACAUCUCGGGAAGAAAGAUGCUUCAGACUCUGGAUUAAUAGUCUUGGAAUUGUUACUUACGUCAAUAAUGUUUUCGAGGAUGUCAGAAAUGGAUGGGUUCUAUUAGAAGUUCUUGAUAAGGUUUCACCUGGAUCUGUCAACUGGAAGCAGGCAACAAAGCCUCCUAUAAAGAUGCCAUUUCAAAAAGUGGAGAAUUGCAACCAAGUUAUAAAAAUUGGGAAGGACCUUAACUUUUGCUUGGUAAAUGUUGCUGGUAAUGAUAUUGUACAAGGGAAUAAGAAGCUCUUACUAGCAUUUCUGUGGCAGCUUAUGCGAUUUACCAUGCUUCAACUUCUGAGAAACUUAAGAUCACACUCCCAAGGUAAAGAGAUUACAGAUGCUGAUAUAUUAAACUGGGCAAACAACAAAGUGAAGAAAGCUGGAAGAACGUCUCAAAUGGAGAGUUUCAAGGAUAAAAAUAUUUCCAACGGUAUUUUCUUCCUUGAGCUUUUGAGCACUGUAGAGCCAAGAGUGGUCAACUGGACUCUAGUUACUAAAGGGGAGACUGAUGAUGACAAGAAGUUGAAUUCAACAUAUAUCCUCAGUGUCGCCCGAAAAAUCGGAUGCUCCAUUUUCCUGUUACCUGAGGACAUUAUAGAGGUAAACCAGAAGAUGAUACUUACUUUAUCUGCUAGCAUCAUGUACUGGAGUCUGCAGAAUUCUGAAGAAAACUCCCCAGAGGCAUCGCCCGUAGCUUCAGCAGACGGUGAACAUGAAAUAGAUUUAGUCAAUGAGGUAUCCGAUUUAGCCAUUGAUGAUAAUGCUUCAGUGAAAGUCAGCUCUCCUUAA